CGGCGCCAUUGAGUUUCAUUCUGCUGCCGCUGCGCCAUCAUCAUCAUCAUCAUCAUCAUCGCCAGCCGGUCGCUCACAGCAGUGAAUGAUAUCCGCUGUUUACUCGCCGUUCACUGAUCGCCUGCUAUUCUUUACACCAUCACGGAUAUCUGUGUGAUUGGUUUGUGUACCAUGGAAGACAUCAAUACAGGACUUUAGGCUGUUAUCUGGGAUUCUCUUCUGAACACAAAGCAAUGUGGAGGAAAUAAGGCCCGUUCUGUGCUUUGAAUACAGAUCGUAGAGGAUGGGCUGUGCACAAUGUAAGGACAAAGAGGCUGCUAAGUUAACGGAGGACCGGGACACCAGCUUGUCUCAGAGCGGAGUAGGUUAUCAGUAUGGUGUCGACCCCACACCACAGCCGUACCCCGGCUUCGUCCCCGGGGUCACCGCUAUUCCUGACUACAACUUCCAUAGCGCUGGGGUCGCUCAGGGCAUGACAGUCUUUGGAGGGGUCUGCACAUCCACACAGCAGGGGACGCUCCGCACACGAGGAGGCACAGGUGUGACUCUGUUUGUUGCUCUCUAUGACUAUGAGGCCCGUACAGAAGAUGAUCUCAGUUUCAGGAAAGGCGAGAAAUUUCAAAUCAUCAACAGCACUGAAGGUGACUGGUGGGACGCACGUUCUCUCACUACAGGAGGAACCGGAUACAUUCCCAGCAAUUAUGUUGCCCCUGUGGACUCAAUCCAGGCCGAGGACUGGUAUUUUGGAAAGUUGGGCCGAAAGGAUGCAGAAAGGCAGCUUCUUUCCACAGGGAACCCACGUGGCACCUACCUGAUCCGUGAGAGCGAAACCACUAAAGGUGCCUUCUCUUUGUCUAUCCGGGACUGGGACGAUGUGAAGGGGGACCAUGUGAAACAUUACAAAAUCCGUAAACUGGACAGUGGAGGAUAUUACAUCACCACUAGAGCUCAGUUUGAGACGCUUCAACAGCUGGUCCAGCAUUACAUGGAGCGCGCAGCGGGGCUUUGCUGUCGUUUGGUCGUCCCUUGCCACAAAGGGAUGCCAAGGCUCACUGACCUGUCCGUCAAAACCAAAGACGUGUGGGAGAUUCCACGGGAGUCGCUGCAACUCAUUAAGCGCUUAGGCAACGGCCAGUUUGGGGAGGUUUGGAUGGAGAGUGCAGAUGGUUUGUGCUUUAAUUUAACGGGUGUGUGCAUGGUCUACAUCCCUGAAACGGUGGGACUUAGCCAUGACUCCUGGGAAAUCGUACGCGAGUCUCUGACGCUGGACAGGAAGCUGGGGGCCGGCUGUUUCGCUGAUGUUUGGUGUGGCACAUGGAAUGGCAACACUAAAGUGGCUGUGAAGACCCUCAAGCCGGGAACCAUGUCUCCAGAGUCCUUCCUGGAGGAAGCGCAGAUCAUGAAGAAAUUACGGCAUGAUAAACUAGUGCAGCUCUACGCCGUCGUUUCUGAGGAGCCCAUCUACAUCGUCACUGAGUACAUGGGAAAAGGAAGUCUUCUAGAUUUUCUGAAGGGUGAGGAGGGACGGGCACUCAAGCUGCCCAACCUCGUCGACAUGGCUGCCCAGGUGGCUGGAGGUAUGGCCUACAUCGAGCGAAUGAACUACAUUCACAGAGAUUUGCGCUCUGCUAACAUUCUGGUUGGCGAUAGCCUGGCUUGCAAGAUCGCUGACUUUGGCCUGGCCAGACUCAUUGAGGACAAUGAGUACACUGCCCGACAGGGGGCAAAGUUCCCUAUCAAGUGGACGGCUCCUGAAGCGGCUCUGUAUGGGAAGUUCACCAUUAAAUCUGAUGUCUGGUCUUUCGGAAUCCUGCUCACGGAGCUGGUCACUAAAGGCAGAGUUCCAUAUCCAGGGAUGAAUAACAGAGAGGUACUGGAACAAGUGGAGCGAGGCUACCGGAUGCCGAGUCCCCAGGACUGUCCGAGCUCCCUUCACGAGCUGAUGGUUCAGUGCUGGAAGAAGGACGCGGAAGAGCGGCCCACCUUCGAGUACCUGCAAGCCUUCCUCGAGGAUUACUUCACCGCAACCGAACCUCAAUAUCAGCCCGGAGACAACCUCUAAACCCAGCCUCCUGGGCUCAUCCUCCCCGGGCCGUCUCAAGUGGCCUGGACUCCCUCCAGACCGGAGGCAUGUACAGCUUCAUGAGUUCACCUAAGCCUUUGUUACUCCCCUGCGGCUCACACACACACACACACACACACACACACACACGAGUCGACUGAAGACUGAACCGAUUGCACAGACUUUCAACUUGAGGGGUGUACACGUGAGCGAGCUGGGGAGGCGAACAGGAGGAAUUGUGGGUGAAAAGGCUUUUAUUCUGAGUUGUGGCCGUACCCAUUAUAAUGAUAUGAAAUGAUGCCUGUAUUCAGUGUAAAUAUGAGAUGCCUGUUUAAGGUCUAGUUUGUUUUCAUUCAGGUUUUUUGUUUCGUAAUCCCCACUCAUUUUUUGUGUUGCUUUGCAAAGAAGCAGUUUUGGACAUCUGUGAAGGGUUUAGGCGUGUGUCCGUGCAUAAAACAAGUGUUGAAUUUGAGAAUGUAUGUGGUUUAUUCAUUUUCUGCUUUGCUGGCGAGGUCAUGUUCCAAAUGGAGGAAUAAAAAUGCAGUCUUUAUUAUUCUAGUGGUUCUAAAAUAUCUCAACCUGCAGAGGAAGUUGGUUUCACACAAUUUAUUUAAUUUUUUUUCAUUACUUAAGAUACUAAUUUGAAUUGACACCCUCUCCAAAUGAUUAGAUGUUAACCGAAUGUAACAAAGAAUUAUUUUACCCAUCUUUGUACUUCUAGCCAGAUGUUAAAGACUGCCAUACAUCAGAAUAUCUCCACACAGAAAAUGCAUCAUUUAGUUUUCCAGCUAUUUCUGACUAUAGAUGUUUUUUGUUUGUUUGUUUUUUUUGGCCUGUUACCGCAUACUUGCAUUCAGUAUUUUAAAGGAAGUUACCAAGAAUGUUUGAAUCCAAUAUUCAAAUCCAACAUCCUGUUUUCUAGGCAUUGAAACAUACUUUACAUGUAUGUGUUUCUGUAUGUACUGGAGUUACUGUAGUACAUUUCAUUCGAGUUACUGCCAGGAAACAUUUGAGAAACUCUUUCUACUAUCAGUUUUCUCUUUCAGAAUCUUUUAGCAAGAUUCUCUUUAGUUGACAGUAGUUGAUACUGUCAUGGAGGAGCAAACGUUUAAAGUGAAUCUUGCUAAGUCAGAGGUAAAGUUAGCUAAACUUAUGUAGGCUAUUGUCAGAAAAAAAAAGUUAUUUUUAACAUUUUUUGAAGUACAACAGCAUGUCACUGGGGCUGUACCCUCAAAAGAAAAGUGUUGUACCUUAUCUAUCUGGUGGUGGAUGAGGAGAUAACCCCUGACUAUGUAAGCGCUUUGAGUGUCUAGAAAAGCGCUAUAUAAAUGUAAGGAAUUAUUAAUUAUUAUUAACUAUUACCCGUGUUUUAGUAUCUCAAAGUAUUUACCUUUAAAGUGCCCCUAUUAUGGAUGUUUUGAAAGUGCCCUUUCUUGCAGUGUGUAACACGGCUCUGAGUGAAUGAAACACAUCCUGCAAUGUUUCCCCGGUCACGCUGUACACAAAGCAGCACUGCGCUCACAAACACUGCUUUAUCAGGCGUUACAGGCCUGAUCCAAUCUGACCAAUCACCACAGAUUAGUGUCACGCAAAGGAGGGGUUUGGAAAGAUUAAUUGUUCAGCGAAUUGUUUGGGAGUCAUUGAGCAAGUAAGGAAAAAAUAAAUGCAUAUUAUAAGACAAUGUAAGCAUUUCUUUAUUUAUUUUUUUGACCUUGCAUGCAUGUCAACCUGUUGUUGGGGACUCCCAAAAUCAAAAUAUGAACCUUUCAUAAGCCAUAAUAGGGGACUUUAAGGUACUACUACUGUUUAGGUCUAAGUAAUGUAUACAAUUUUCCUGCUGAGGAUACGCUCUUGAAUUUGUUUAUGAUAUUUGGACAUGACUGCUAGUCUGAAACAUAUUUUGAGAAAUGUGGUUUGUCAAGUCACUGACUGAGUGAGCAAAGCAGAUGUCUUUGGUUUCGGACACAGCCUCAUUCAAUCAGACCUCCAGAGCUGCUCUCUAUCCUCAUGUGCUGUUUAUUAUGUUAGGACGCUUUUCAACUGUAUUUGUUUCCAUGUAUUUUAUUUAAUCUAGCAUAAGUCUAUAUGGAACUGUUUGGAUUCGGAUCAAGGGAACACUCAAAAGUACCAUGUCCCUUGUUGGUUUGUACAGUGCUCAUCAGGACGUCUUUAAACCCCUCUCCUGCAUUUCACUUGCUUUGACAGGAUUCUAAGUGUCAGUAAGCACCUAAAAUUACCAUUCCCAUUUUUUUAACCUGCCAUUUUGUUAACAUUUCCCAUUUGGAAAUAAAAAAUACAAUAUUUUACACUCUUUACAA